UAAAGAAAAAUGAAAUUAUUUUCAAACAUGAAUUACAAAUUUUACUGCAUUUAUGUCAGACUACUUGCGAUGUGGAACUAGCCAGAGAUGCUAUUUACAGGUACUUUUACCAAUCCAGGUACCAUGAACAGAAUGGAAUUGCAUCUCUACAUGACUUUAGAUUUGGGCCCCUAUUUAUGAGACUGUGUUAUGAGCUGGACCUUGAAACACCUGCAUUAGAACUUAUCAAAGAUCAGAAUUUGCGGGGCUUUUUCUCAGAGAGCAUGUCAUUCCAUAUUCUGAUGACAAUGUUGUUUAAAAAGGGCCGUUAUGAAAAUGCUUUGGAAGUUCUCUUAGAAAUGAAAAAACAAGGCGUACCUUUUAACAAAGAAACCUAUCUACUAGCGUUUGCAAUAUGCUACAAACUGGACAACCUGGAGUCUUGCAAAAUCUCUGCAAAGCUGCUUGAAGAAGCACAGCUAAGAGGUGACACGUUACCAGUACGAGUGUUCUACUUUGCUGUGGCCUUUGCUCUGAAACAGAAUGAUGUAGCACAAGCCCAAUUCUAUUAUUCUCAGAUAAUGAAAACAGAAAACAAACUGUACAACAAUAUUAGUGUACUUGUCCAGCUCAAGUCUGGUUCAUUAGAAGAAGUAAUAAAGACCUUAGAGGCAGCAGUGGAAGUAGAUACUCCUCGCUUCGUGAAAAAAAUUGAGUUUUCUGAGCAGGUGCUGGCUACAGUCAGGGAAAAGAUGGAAGAAAACCCUGUCCUUUCUGCCAGAUUAGGAGAUAUUUAUACAAGACUGCAAUCCUCCGGACGGAUAACUGCUUGCACGCUGGAUGACAUGCUUUUCCAGGUUCCUAGUUCAAAGAAGAAUCGUGCCAAGCUUUUAAAUCAAAAGCAAGUGGGUUACCGAGCUGCUAAACCGCUUUACUCGGAUCUGUUGUUGGAGUAGUUCAAUAUUUGAUAAUGAACUGAACUGUAACUGCCACCACUUACAAGCAUAUUUGAAUAAAACAUCUCCCUUUCUCCACUCUGAGCAGUUGUUUAGAACAGUUUCACACGAGCAGCUUGAAUGCCUAUCAUUUGGCUUCCAUAUUUAAAUUUUCAUGCCAAAAAUAAGUCAAGAAGGUGGGUAUUUCUUUGUGUUCCAAAAUGGAGUGAUCAAAACGUUUUGAAUUUUUCAAGUACUUAAAUCAGGAUUUUAUUAUUCUGAAUGGUUAGUUGAAAUGAAGGAAAAUGGAGUAUGUAUCUAACCUUACUCUUGUGGUUCCUAAGAAGAAAAUUGGUGCUCAUCAGAUGUAAGGUUCUGACUGUACAUAGAUCCAGCCUGGACCCUAGACAAAAAAAAAAUCCAAGACCAUUAACUGCUUGUUCAAAUUUUGUACUCGUCCAAACGUGAAAGAAAUCGACUAUGUGCUUUGUGAAGGUGGUAUGAAACCUACACAGAUAUAUUUCUCUUUUGUUGGUGCCACUGUUGCUGCUGGGUAGCUGAGCAUUCACCCCACGCUGUAAGAUUUCUUUUUUUCAAGAACUUUCUGUCAAACAUCUAUCAGCAAUGACUAAACUAAAUCUUUGCAGUGACUAAAUCAAUCUUCUAUCACACAGCCUGGCCAGGCAAGCAGAACACGUGGCCUCACCAGUCAGGUGAGGAAAAGCCAUAGUGAAUUUCCAGAGCUCAAAGAAGAUUUUUCAGCUGCGGUCCAACACUGAAACAAGUUGCUUGGAGAGGCUGUGG